AUGGACUUCCUCCGCUCCCACAGCAGAAAGGGGAGAUCGCGCUUCUCAAAAGCCCUACCGACCCCUCCGCCUGCCGAGAAAGAUCCUUCUCCCAAGUCUAAACAGCUUUCUUCGAUACCUCCCGUCCCUGCCGUGCUGUCCAAGAAGUUCUUCAUCAUGUCGGACAAGCCGUUACCACCGCCGCAGCAGGCCCUCAACCAGUCUCUCCCUCCCCUCCCUCCCCUCCAGACGAAAGCCUUGCCGCCAGUCCAGAUUACUCGCCGCCCCGUUGCGAAGCAACCGCAGACGCCCUCAUCUCAGCCCCAACCAGUCGUUCCCGAAUACGAUGAAGACGACGACGAUCACAGGCACUCCAUCGGCAGUCUGCUGUCGGCUUAUUCGAGGAGCUCGGGCGAAUCCCUCAUCAUGUCACCGGACGGAAGCACCAGCCAGAGAGACUCGACCCCAACAUAUGCCUCUGAUAAUCAGUAUGCAACCAAGGAAGUCAAGAUCCCGACGCCCACCUCAUUGUCGUCUGGUGACAAUGAGCGCAACGGCGCACAAAAAUUCACACCAAACAAGGGCCUGCCGCCUCACCCGGCAUAUCGAAACGGGCAGGGCCCGCCCCCUCCACCCAAGUCGGACAAGACCCCGACUGUAAGCAGUCCGACAAGCCCACACUCGACCUCAUCGCCGCAGCGACCACUGUGGAGAAGAAGGUCGGUAAAGACCGAUCGUAACGUGGAGGUUCCCCAACUUCAUCUGGCAGUCAGUCACGGGUCGACGGCCGCUUCCCAACCAAACAUCGGGCAAUCUCCAAACUCGGCCGUAUCCUCUUCAUCCCAACAGUUUCCCCCUCGCACCACGUCGGGUUUGCCCGGAAGGAAUAUUCGACCCGUUGCCUCGCAAAAUCAGUCCCCAGAGACGGGCAACAUGGGCCAGGAAGCGUCCAAGUUGAAGGAAAAGAUCUCGCACCUGCGCGACGGCCAGGAAGGCGCGAACCGGGGAGCGUCCCAUAGCCACACCACCCUCUCGCCGACCAAGCGCUUGCCGACCCCCGACUACGACAAGGGGGAUGUCAAGACGCACGUUGUUGUCGACAGCGUCGUGUCGCCCGUCUCGCCCGCUUCGUCCCCCGAGCCCGCGCGCGACCAAGCAAGCAGCGAGCAAAAUGUGCCGAUUCCGCGCAAGGCCGUUGGGGCGCGCAACUUGCACCCCGCUCAAAGCCUGCCUCAGAUUCGAGCGGACGGGCCCGUCACCAGCAGCGAGGCUCCUCCCACCAUCUCAAAAGACUUUGCAGUCAGUCCCGUCAGUCCCGAAGCGAAGAACCAGCCAUCGCCUCGCUCCACCUCCAUCCAGCAGCAACAACAACAACAACAGCAACAGCAGCAGCAGCAGCAGAUGGGCCAACGGCAACAACCACCCCGCGAGUACCCGCCCUACGCGCCUCACGCGCCGGCGCCCGGCCCCACGCAGGGCGACCUGCGGUUAGCCACGCGAGACCAACGUCCCCAGCAGGAACCCGUCCAGUAUCGCGAGCUUAAGACUGAGGAUCUGCCGCCCGCCGACCCGCGCGCGGCCUACUUUCCCAUGCACGGCAAGGAGCCCCCCAGCCCCAGCAUCAUCAUCAAAGCGCUGCCGCUCAAGGAGAGCAUGUUCGACUGCUACGUCAAGCACCGCACCAUGGACCGUACCCGCAACCGCAACUACGCCCUCACCUGCCAGACAUGCGGCAAGGCCGACACGGAAGACCGCUACAAGUGCCAGUUCUGCUACGUGCGCAUGUGCGGCUCGUGUCUGCAGAUCUUCAACAACAACCGCAGGGACCUCGGGAAACUCAUGGCGCACUUGGAGGCCAACCCGCAUAGCGGCGGCUCGCAGGAGCGCCCUGCCACAGCUGGAGGCAUCGACCCGGCGGUGCAGAAGGCGUAA